AUGACCCGAACAACUCCUGUCCAGUUAACUGGCAUUCUCACAGCGUUGAUUACGCCUUUCACCGACGAUGGCAGCAGCAUCGAUGCAGCUCGCCUAAAGGCACACAUUGAUCGCCAAUUCGAUGCCGGCAUUCACGGUCUCGUUCCGGGGGGCAGCACCGGCGAGUUCACCACGCUCACAACGGAAGAGCGCAAACAGCUGGUCGAGCUCACAGUCAAGUAUACCGCGGGGCGUGGUCCCAUUAUUGCCGGUGUAGGGAGCACCAAGUCCUCCGAAGCCAUCGAGCUGGCAGUGCACGCUGCCCAAGCCGGAGCCGACGCCGUCAUGGUAGUUCCCCCAUUCUACGACCCGGUCAACUACGAGCAGCUCCAGGAACUCCUAAGCGAGAUCCAUCAGGCCUCUAAGCUUCCCAUCCUCUACUAUAACAUUCCUGCCGCCAGUGGCUUGACUCUCAGCCCAGAGCAAAUUGCUGGCCUGAGCAACGUUGGCGUGAAGUGGUUCAAGGAUACAUCCGGCAAUGCUCCGGACUUCACUGAGCUUGUCUUCCAUUACGGAAACCAGAUCAAGGCCAUGAAUGGUUGGGAUACUUUGACUUUCUAUGGUAUCGCGGCGGGUAAUGAGGCAGUUAUCUGGGGAGCCGCUAACUUCAUCCCGGAGCUGGCGGUGGAGCUGUGGAAUGCUUUGGCAGUGAAGAAUGACCUUCGACGGGGACGGGAGAUCUGGGCUAGUAUCUGGCCGAUUACCAAAUUCCUUGAAUCUCAGAGCUAUUCCGCCGCGGUGAAGACUGGAGUCGAGCUUAGAGGAUUGAAGACUGGGGGGCUACGAAAGCCGUUUGCUCUUCUCAAGGAGGAACAUCGGGUGGAAUUGCACAAACUGCUAUUGAAUGCGCAGGUAAAGAUUAACUAG